AGUCAAUGGUCAAAGCACCUGCACACGCGAAUUGAAAAUGUUGUUGAUUCAAUUAAUUGCUGGAUUUCUGAGUCUAGGACUGGCAAUUGCCCUGCCAGCCGAUGCAGGACGCGCCAGUUCGGUGACAACGGUAAGCAUUGUCAAGGGCCAUGGCUACGAGAUUGAAGAGCACCCGGUGCAGACCUCGGACGGUUAUAUCCUGACCAUGCACCGCAUCCCUUAUUCGAAGAAUACCGGUCCCGAUGGCCGCCGUCCUGUGGCCUUCCUGAUGCACGGUCUGCUGUGUUCCUCCUCAGACUGGGUGCUCGCUGGACCUCAUAGUGGACUGGCCUACUUGCUCUCCGAGCAGGGAUUUGAUGUGUGGAUGGGCAACGCCAGAGGAAACACUUACUCCAAGAAGCACGCCACCAAGUCGCCGCUGCUGCAGCCCUUCUGGAACUUCGAAUGGCACGACAUUGGCAUCUACGACCUGCCUGCCAUGAUAGACUAUGUCCUCUACAAGACAGGUGUUGACAAUGUGACAUACGUUGGCCACUCCCAGGGAACAACCAGCUUCUUUGUGAUGAACACCAUGAUUCCGCGCUUCAAGAGCCGCAUUAGUUCGGCUCACCUGCUGGCCCCCGUGGCCUGGAUGGAGCACAUGGAGAGUCCAUUGGCGACGGUGGGCGGACCACUGCUUGGACAGCCCAAUGCCUUCGUGGAGGUAUUCGGCAGCGCUGAGUUCCUGCCCAACACGCAACUGAUGAACAUGUUCGGAGCUCUGCUUUGUAAGGAUCAAGCCAUUUCACAGGCGAUCUGCACCAACACCUUGUUCCUUCUGGGAGGCUGGGGCUCGCCGUACAUUAACGAAACCCUUCUCCCGGAAAUCAUGGCGACGACUCCGGCCGGAUGUUCGGUGAACCAGAUUUUCCACUACCUUCAGGAGUACAAUUCCGGUUACUUCCGCCAGUUCGACUAUGGAUCCUCGCGCAACAAGAAGGAGUACGGCGUCAAGACCCCGCCGGAGUACGACGUAGAGAGCAUCGAUGUACCCACCUACCUCUAUUACAGCGACAAUGACUACUUUGCCAGCCUCAUUGACGUGGAUAGGCUACGCUACUUCAUGAACCCGAAAGCCCUGAGGAGUGCCUAUCGUCUACCGGAGGAGAAGUGGAAUCACAUCGACUUCCUGUGGGGAUUGAACGUAAAGGAAAUACUUUACGACCGUGUCAUCGAUGACAUACUUGAUGCAUAGGCAUGUGUUGCAAAAUAAAGCAAACCAAAGUUGUGAUACAAAAAACAAGAAAAAUGUUCACUUGUCACUGCCUAAUCGAGGCGUUUAGUGGCUAAUGAGCCGAUAAUUUACAAGUGGUCAUAAAUUAAAAUUUAAUGAAUGAUACUUCACCGUGACUAAACAACGCAAUUUGGUUUUAACCCAUGAGAGCCAGGAAAUGUUGAGUUAUAUAAUAUAAAUAAAUUUUUUUGUGUUUUUAUUAACAACACUUUCUUUUGGUUUAAUCAUUAAGACA